CACACCAACAUAUAAAAUGGUGUGUGGAGCCACUUGGCCCAAUGGGAACGGAUAGAAAGAUAAAGUGUAGUUGAGAGUGUUUGGCGCUCCACACUGAGUGGUGGUUGCUCCUUCUUCUUCUUCUUCUUCAUCCUGGACUCGCAUUUCUCCAAUCCCUUUAAACACUGAAAGAUUCAGAGUAACAACAGGGAGGGGAUUGAAGAAUAAUGCCAGCCACAACACUUUCCCACUUUGCGUUUCAUUCACCUCCCAACUUUCUUCCCACUUGUUUCAUUUCUCCUAACUCUCCUUGCAGGAACUUCUCGCUUCAUGAUUCUAUUCCCCUUCUUUUCAGGUUUUCAAGUUGCUGCCGGACAGCAACUACCAAACCGUGGUAUUGGCGCAAAACAGAAGUGGUUUCAAAAUAUUACGAUCACCAAGUUCAUUUCAUGCAUACUCGUCCAUUGAGAUAAAUUGUCUUCCAGGAACCUUGUCAUCAUGACUACAGUAGCCGUGAGGUAUCUACAAGAUCAAUAACUAUUCUGGAUAAUUGUCGUGCACCUGAAAAGCCAUUAGCAAAGUACAGCUCAGCGGAGGGCAUUCAUGAAAAUACAGAUAACCAAAAAUCUAGCAGUAUAUUCAGCAGUUCAUUUUUGAAAUUUAUGCUCCUGUCUGGGUUCUUCAUACUUCAAGACUCUCAGCAUGCAUUAGCUGGUUCAGAUGUUGCUACUGGGUUGCAGUCAGUCCCACUUCUGGGAGACCUUGGUGAUAUUAGCACAGGUUUUGCUUCAGCGUUUUUGCUAAUCUUUUUCUCAGAACUAGGGGACAAGACCUUUUUCAUUGCAGCGCUUCUAGCAGCUAGGAACUCUGCUGCUACUGUUUUUACUGGAACUUUUGGUGCACUUGGGGCAAUGACCAUCAUAUCUGUUGUUCUCGGACGAACUUUUCACUACGUUGAUGAGAUUCUUCCAUUCAGGCUUGGUGAUAGUGAUUUACCAGUUGAUGAUAUUGCAGCUGUCUGUCUCUUGGUUUAUUUUGGGGUUACAACAUUGCUUGAUGCCAGCUCAAGUGAUGGACUAAAGGCAGAAGAUGAGCAGAAGGAGGCAGAAUUAGCUGUCUCCAAGUUCUCAGGAAAUGGUGCCGGAAUAUUAGCUGCUGCCAGUACUGUCGUCAGCACCUUUGCAUUAGUGUUUGUAGCUGAGUGGGGUGACAAGUCAUUUUUCUCUACGAUUGCCCUUGCUGCUGCUUCUUCACCCCUUGGAGUCAUUGGUGGUGCACUAGCUGGUCAUGGUGUUGCAACAUUGCUUGCUGUUCUAGGAGGUUCUUUGCUAGGGACAUUUUUAUCAGAAAAGAUUAUCGCUUACGUUGGAGGAGUUCUUUUUCUCGUAUUCGCUGCUGUAACUUUAGUAGAGAUAGUAAACUAGGAACUAUAGUAUUUCAAACUCUCUUAUUGACAUGAUUUGUGAAUUAACUUUCUUUUCUUCUUCUUUUCUUCUUUUUUUUUUUUUUGUUUUUUUUGUGGAAUGAAGAUAUAUAUCUCAGAAAAGAUUUAUGGUGUUAUGCACAUCAAGUUUGAGCGGAGGAGAAGAAAGUUCAAUCAGAUCAAUAUAAAGUUAAAAAGUCUCAGAAUCUAAUGGUUGUGUGGCUUUGGAGUUCUUAUCCUUGUUGGAUGAGACAACGAGAGGUUGGCCAUAUUUUCUCCAUACUUUAAGAACUAUAUUUGGUAAAUGAGCUUUCAAAAAGUUAUUCAGUUGA